ACAGGUGCACUGGAACGCUUUAUCUGUACCAAUACCCAGAGCUGCAAUCAUGGCCAUCUCAGUGCUUCGGAUGACAGUUGUCCUGGGACUGCUCGCCUUGAUCCUGACUUGCCAUGCUGAUGACAAACCAGAUGACAAGUCAGAGGAUAAGUCAGAGGACAAGCCAGAGGACAAGUCAGAGGACAAGUCAGAGGACAAGCCAAAGGACAAGCCAAAGGACAAGCCAAAGGACAAGCCAGAUGCCUCAGACAAAGAACAAGAGGAUGUGAGGACAUUCCUAACCCUUUUGGGCACAGAAAUCAUUGAGGAUGGAGUGGCGUUCAUCCUCAGCUCCAUAGAGAGGAACCCAUAAGCACUGAGACAAGUCCUGCUUUUGUCCAGUUUGCUGUUGGCAAAUGACCACAUUGCAUUAAAAUGAAUGAGAAUCAAAAUUUGGUGCAUGCCAAUGUAUGAUUUUAAUUAAAAAGUGUUGCCCUACCUUA